UUCGAUUGAAUGCAUAUCUCUGAAAAUGGCUGUGAACGUUUACUCAACCUCAGUGUGUAGUGAUAACUUGAGUCGUCAUGACAUGCUUGCCUGGAUCAACGAAUCGUUACAGAUCAACCUUACUAAGAUAGAGCUGUUAUGUUCAGGUGCGGCCUACUGCCAGUUCAUGGACAUGCUCUUCCCCGGCUGUGUGCCUUUGAAGAAAGUCAAAUUUGCUGCAAAACUAGAGCACGAAUUCAUUCACAACUAUAAGAUCUUGCAAGCUGGCUUCAAAAGAAUGGGUGUCGAAAAAAUCAUCCCUGUUGACAAGUUGAUAAAAAGCAAGUUCCAGGACAACUUUGAGUUUGUGCAGUGGUUCAAGAAGUUCUUUGAUGCCAACUAUGAUGGGAAAGAGUACGACCCUGUGGAGGCUCGCCAGGGCCAAGACUCCAUGCCAUACCCCGCCAUGUCGGCCCUCAACAAGCCCAAGAAAAUCCUCAACGCUGCAUCCCAGCGAGCAGCAGUUGCCAAGGUAGCACCCAAAAUGGCGCCCAGCUUGGCGCGGAGACCAGGGGCUGGCGGAGGUGACGAGGAGCGGGCAGAACUCAUUCAGGAGGUAAAUAUACUAAAGUCCACCAUCCAGGACAUGGAGAAGGAGAGGGACUUUUAUUUCGGCAAACUGAGGAACAUUGAGCUCAUCUGCCAAGAAAAGGAAGGAGAGGGUGAUCCCACACUGCAGAGGAUCGUGGAUAUACUCUACGCCACAGAUGAGGGCUUUGUCAUACCGGACGCUGAGUCAGAGGACCAGGAGGAAUUCUAACGUUCAAGACUGGAUCAUGCAGCUUUUAAUACAACCCCUCAACCCACCAAACUCCUUCAAUCAGCUACAACAUCUCUAUCCUCUCCCUACGUACAACACCCACUCCAAAAAAUGUAUCAUGUUAUGCGUUCGUGAUCUCCGAGUGGACUGUAUAUCAAAUGUUUGUUUUCUGUAAAAUCAAGUUGAAAUAAGUAAGUGUGUGUGUGAAGUACCUCUUUUGAAAGCCCUUCUCUGGGUCAUCCCAUUGGCCCGUAUCAGCAUCAUGUUGUUAGAAGGCAGCCAUUGGGGUCCAGAAGAGUGAACUGUCUAAGAUUUUUUUGUUUGCUUGUCUUUCCCCUCAAUUUCUGUGUCUGUUCCAGGAAUUGGCGUUACAAGGUCAUUGGAACCUGCACUCACUUUUGUACAUAGUAUUUUUCUGGUUUUAUCUGUUUUCUAAAUUAUCACUGUCUUUGUUUUCUGGGUCUGAGCAAAUUCACUUUGUUAAUGUAGUGAUCGUGGGACAUUUUUAUCUGCUUUAGUAACCAACUGUUCAUAUCUCUCAAACCUAGUUGAGUUGUCUACUUUCAUUUGGUCUCCUCCUGUUUGGAGAUUACAAUUUUUAUUAAACGGUGCAAUCCUUUUUAUUCUAGGAAAGUGGCACUUUUUUCUCAAAGAUUCAGGUCAACGUCUCUUAGUGUGGCUGCAAUUCUCGGGACAGCUCAUAACAACCUGACGAUAUUUAUGAAGAAACAUGUUAAACUACAAGCUUAUGGUGGAAUAUUUUGUGCGUGUUUGUCUCUUGGAUGUUGGAAGGCAUGUGCACUGUGGAUGCCAGAAACUCUCUGGUCCCAAGCACAUCCCAAAUUACCCACUUUGUUUUGUUUUUUGUAAUUUCUCUUGUCUAAAAUUGUUCAGUUGGCAGGGUAUGGAGUUUUAACUUGAUUUAGCACCUCUAGUGUUCAUUUUCUUAAGUUCAUUUAUUUUUUUAAACUCCUGUCUUGCGUUUUAAUCUGUUUUGAUUAUGUAGCCACUGCACCAUUGACAGGUUCUAGGCCCAAAAUGCUGAUGCACAAAUACAACUGCCAGUCUCUGCACUGGAAGAUCAGAGAUUAAAAAAAAAAAAAAGUUUUAUGAAUUACAAACAUUUGCCAAAAAGAGUACAAAGUCACAUAUGUAGGUUAUGGAAGGUAUUUAAGAAUAAAUCAUAAUAAAUACCUUUGCCUUAUUCUUAUAUACCUUUCAUAACCUACAUAUGUGACUUUGUACUCUCUUUUUGGCAAAUGUUUGUAAUUCAAUUUAAAGAAUUGUCAUUUCAGAUCUUGUUUUCUUCUUUCUGCUGCUCUGAAUGGACGUCUAGAGAAUCUGGCAAAUAGAUGUUCAGUCUUCCAGUUAAUACAAUGCUCUGACAGGCCAAUUUCCAUGUGGACAUCAUUGAUGGUUCAUUUGAAGUGUUCUGAACUUAUUGGUGUACUUAAUCUAACUCGUGCCACCCAUCUGUUGGCUGAAAUGACCUAUCUGAUUAAUUAGAAGUACAUAACUGACAAGUCCAAAGUCUUGCCUCCUUACAAGGCCUGUUAAAUAAUGUAUAAUAAAUUGAACAGUAAUGCCACAAUGUGAUCUAUAGCAUCCUUUGGUUGUGCUGAUGGCUGGGCAUCAGCUUUGCAUGUAGUUUUUUAUGAAGGGGAUUUUCUGAUGCUGAAUAUGUAAUGAAUUGGCUUGAAGCCCACGUGGGAGCUGCACAUAGAUUUGACCAUUGUAGUGUACUUUAGUUUUCUGGCACUAAAACGGGACUUUUUUAGGUAAUGAAGGAAGUUUGAAUGUCGUGCAUUUCGGAAAGUUUUUGCAUGGUGAUGCCUGGCUGUAAUAUUUAUUUUUUUCAAUUACGUUUUGGUCCUCGUUACGUUCUUCAGGACCACAACCCUAAUUUAAUUUGUCUACUUUUUGGGAAUACCAUGUCCAAAACAGUGUUUCAAAAUGUAUUGGGAUAUGAAUGUGUAUGUUUUAAAACACAGAAAUAAUCAUUAUGACUGUUAACCUUAAGUCAAGAAAUGUUGUUUUGAGUGAUCGUUUAAAAACAUAAUUGUCUUUUUUGAACUUGGCUUGUUUGAUGACUAAACUAUCCUGGUGGCAGAUUUUUGUGGCUAUUUGGGUCUUAAACACGGGUCAUGUUCCAGCAGUCUACAACCAACGUCAUCGACUGCACAGUCUAUCAGUUUGCUAUAUAUGUGGUUUGCAGAUAUUAAACACUUAUCCAGGAGUUGAGAUUUGGCAGACAUCUAUAAUGUAGUCAGUCUGGAAGGUGGAAAUUGUUUUGGUGAAGUGCAUUUUAUAUACAAGGCAGAACCCCGCAAUGGCCUGUUUCAAUCUAACCUGGUGCCAAUCUUGACCUUUAACCCUGUUAGCUAUUGGUCCCUGAUUGUAUUAUUUUCUAGAUCUUCUGAAUGAUUGGUGUGGUUAUUGGAAGGAGCCCUUGCAGCUCUUGUGUUUUUGGGGUGUGAAAGAUCAGUGGUGUUGCAUCAGAUCUCCCCUGUGACAUCUGUGUUGACAUUCUGGUACACUGUGGGCCUUGUGCCACCUUCUGCUCUCUUUUUUUUUGUUUGUCUCUGUUUUUUUUUGGUGAUUUUAUUUAUUUUGUGAUUUUUGUUUACAUUUAUAUAUUUCAGCGGGAAAUGUAUUUUAUUUUUUUCUGAUUUACUUAAAUCAUGUUAGCCGACUCAAGUUUCUUACAAACAAUAAAACAGUAUUUCAAGUUUUUUUUUUCA